CUCCUGCCCUGGCUGCUUACAGCCUCACACAGCCCACCCGGCUGCAAGAUCCGGAUUACCUCCAAGGGGCUGGACCUGGUGAAGCAGGAGGGGCUGCGCUUCGUGGAGCAGGAGCUGCAGAACAUCACAGUGUCCGACCUGCAUGGAAAGGAGGGGCAGUUCCACUACAACAUCAGCCAGGUCAAGGUGAUGGACCUGCAACUGGCAUUUUCUGACCUGUACUUCCAGCCUCAGCAGUACCUCGUCUUCAACAUCAACAAUGCCUCCAUCAGCCUACGCUUCCGGAGACAGCUGCUCUACUGGUUCUUCUAUGACAUCGGGUCCAUCAAUGCCUCUGCGGAUGGUGUCCACAUCUACACAGUGCUGCAGCUGGCCAAGGACGAGGCUGGGCGCCUGAAGAUCUCUAACAUCACCUGCAAUGCCUCCAUUGCCAGAAUGCGUGCAGGCUUCUCUGGCACACUCAGGAAGGUCUAUGAGUUCCUGAGCACCUUCAUUGUCACAGGGAUGCGCUUCCUCGUCAGCCAGCAGAUCUGCCCGUCCCUGGAGCACGCCAGCCUGGUGCUGCUGAACUCCCUGCUGGACACAGUGCCAGUGAGAAACUAUGUGGAUGAACACAUCGGGAUUGACUACUCCCUCCUGCGGGAUCCGACCGUCUCCACAGACACCCUCGACCUAGACUUCAAGGGCAUGUUCUUCCCCCGUGCAAGUGAGAUCCAGGAGCUGGAGAACCACGCGGUGGAGCCGGUGAUCAAGGAGACGGAGCGCAUGGUCUACGUUGCCUUCUCCGAGUAUUUUUUUGACUCUGCCAUGCAUGCGUACUUCCAGGCAGGCGUGCUGGCCAUAGAGCUCCAGGGGGAGAAAGUGCCCAAGGAUCUGGAGGUUUUGCUGAGAGCCACCUUCUUUGGGACCAUCUUCAUGCUGAGCCCUGCAGUGGAUGCUCCCCUGCGGCUGGUGCUGCAGGUGUCGGCUCCCCCCCGCUGCAUCAUCAAACCCUCGGGCACCUCCGUCUCAGUCUCUGCCUUCCUCAACAUCUCGCUGGUGCCCCCAGGCCGCCCUGCUGUCCAGCUCUCCAGCAUGGCCAUGGAAACAAAGCUGAGCGCCAAGGUGUUUCUGCAAAGGAAGGCGCUGCGCGUGCAGCUGGACCUGCGACGGUUUCGCAUCUACUCCAAGCAAUCUGCGCUGGAGUCACUAGCGCUGUUCUCACUGCAGGCCCCACUGAAGACCCUGCUGCAGCUGACGAUCAUGCCCAUCAUUAACGAGAGAACUAAAAAGGGGGUGCAGAUCCCACUGCCAGAAGGCAUGGACUUCACCAAGGAGGUGGUCACCAACCAUGCGGGAUUCCUCACGGUGGGAGCUGAUCUCCACUUCUCCAAGGGGCUGCGGGAGGUGAUUGAGAAAUACCACCCGGCACCUACUGCCCCUGCCUACCCCAGCUCAUGGCCUGCAGAGCCCAGUGUGGACACCCGCCAGCUCUAG